CCCCACACCUAUUUAAGCCUCCAAUUCACUGCAACUCACCAAGAAAAAUAUACUACUACUAGCCCUUCAAUUCCACAUUCACAAUUUCCAGACAACUAGUACCACUAGUAGUAGUAUUUAUUGAUUUCUUCCAAUUUCUCCUCUGACCAGACUCUUCAUGUUUUGUCCCCUUUUAAUUAGUAUUUCUCUUCUUUCCCAUAAACUUCUUGGCUUUGGAUUCUUCUUUUGUGAUCUUUUUCUUGUUUAGGUUAACUUUUUCCAAGCAAAAUUUCAGACCCUCGUAGCAUGCAAGUUAUGUCUAGCUUAUACACACAGAAUUUGAACUUUUCACCAGCAAGAGCGGCCUCUCCAAUUGUAAGGACCAAUUCAGAUGUUGAAAGUCAAUACUUGACAGAGCUGUUAGCAGAAAGACAGAAGCUUGUACCUUUCAUGCAGGUCCUUCCAAUAUGCACCCGAUUGCUGAAUCAAGAGAUACUGAGGGUUUCAGGAAUGAUCUCCGACCCAAGAAUAGAUGAAUAUGACAGACUACUACGUGGAAGCCCAAGUCAUGUGGCCUCUCUAGACAUCAUUCCAAAUGUCGGAGCAAAAGGUCUAGGAUUCUUUCCAAACAGCCCUCACCCUGAGUUGUUAGGUGGACCAGAUGAAAUGACCAUUGACUGGCAAUCAGCGGGAGGAAAUCCAAGUUCAUAUGUUGCAAAGAGGGUAUUGCGCUUGGACAUACCUGUUGACAGAUAUCCAAACUUCAAUUUUGUUGGCAGGCUAUUAGGUCCUCGAGGUAAUUCACUGAAGAGAGUGGAAGCUUCCACAGGAUGCCGCGUAUUUAUUAGAGGAAAAGGUUCAAUCAAAGACCCUGACAAGGAGGAGAGCUUACGGGGAAGACAAGGUUAUGAGCACCUCAAUGAUCCACUGCACGUUUUGAUUGAGGCUGAAUUACCUGCCAAUAUCAUUGAUGUACGGAUGAAUCAAGCGAGGGGAAUUAUAGAAGAAUUGCUAAAGCCGGUGGAAGAGUCACAAGAUUUGUACAAGAGGCAACAGCUCAGAGAACUAGCCAUGCUGAACAACAGUUUCAGAGAAGAGAGCCCUCAGCCAAGAGGCAGUCUAUCUCCAUUCAGUUCCAGUGGAAUGAAACGUGCUAAAACAGGUUGGUAAUGGUUUCACAAUUUCCUGGACGGUCCUCCCAAAGAUUUCCUGAAGCAUGUAACCCCUCAAUCCACAUCGAAUGCCGAUAAUAAAUACUGCAUCGAAGAUCAUCAGGUCUGUCUAGCCCCAAACUUGGCCUCUCACAAUAUGCCUGUGAGGUCUGAAGUGGAGGAGCCACCAGAAAAUGUUCUUUUUUUUUUUUUUCUUGACUGUAAUAUUAGGCUUUCUUCUGACGUUUAUUGUAGCAUUGCAUUGAAUUUAUUUGUUGUUAACUCAUUUGUAUAUGUAGAAAAUUCUUUCCGGGGUGCAAAGGCGAAUUUUAUUUGUGGACAAUU